AUGGUAUCAGAGCCUGGUUCUGAUCUAGGGACCUAUUUUUUUUUUCUGCUAUCGUUGCCUCCGCCUCUGCCGCCACCGCCGGCGCCACUGUCGACGCCGCCGCCGGAGUCGUCGCCGGAGUCGCUGCCGGAGUCGCUGCCGGAGCCAUCGCCGCUGCCGGAGCCAUCGCCGCUGCCACUGCCGGAGUCGCCACCACUGUCGCUGUCGAGUUGUCGUCGUCGGAGUGUUAGUUCCAACCGGCGACCAUACAGUUUUGAUCAUCUCUCACGCGCCAUUCAAAGCCGCGUCUCUUCCAGUUCCUCCAUGGUGUCUUCCGCUGCCUCUUUCAGUUCUGAAAUCUCUUCUGUUUCAACCGAUAUACUUGUUAUGUACAACAAAUUUCUUAAAUGGUAUAAGGAUCAACAGUUUUCUAGUUCCACUGCAUCUGUUGCUCACACAGAUACAUCUUUUGUUGGUCUGACUCAAUCUUCUUCUCCUGGUCCUUGGGUUUUUGAUUCAGGAGCCACUGAUCAUAUUACUGGUAACAAAUCUUUGUUCUCUUCUUUAUCCUCUACUAAUCCUUUACCUUCUGUUACACUAGCUGAUGGUUCUAGAGUCUCAUCUCAUGGUGACCAGAGUUCGAAACAGGUGAUUGGCACAGGAUAUGAGUCUCAUGGUCUUUAUCAUCUCCGUCCCUCUACACACAUUGGUGCAGUUAUGGAGUCUCCCUCUCUUAUUCAUGCUCAGUUAGGUCAUCCAAGCCUUGCCAAGUUACAGCAGCUUGUCCCUGCCUUGUCCAAGUUGUCUCGUUUGGAUUGUGAGUCGUGUCAAUUAGGCAAGCAUACUCGUACUUCUUUUCCUCGUAGUGUCACACGUGAUGCUUCGUCCCCUUUUGCCUUGUCACCUGCUCCUCCACCACCUCUUCAAGUUUAUAGUCGCCGUAAUCGAUCACAACCACCACCAUGUGCCUCCACUCCAGUGCCAACUACUUUGUCUCCUCCGACUCUGACACCUGAGUCUGACCUUCCCAUUGCCCUUCGAAAAGUUCUUCCGCCUGAACAUGUUGUUGUGACUUCUGUUACUGAAAGCAAAUUUGAGGGAACUCCAUAA